GGAGAGAGAGAGAUGUAGCUCUGGAGCCAUGUAGCAUCAGCGAGCUAACAGAGAGAAAGACAGAGAGACACACACACAGAGAGAGGGAGAGACAGAGAGAGAGAAAGACAGAGAGAGAGAGAGACACACACACAGAGAUAGAGAGAGACAGAGAGAGACAGGUUUUCAACCUUGUGACCAAACAUCGUCAGGCUCAGCAGUUUCUCCACCUUCCUCCUCCAUCUUCCUCUUCCAUCCUCCUCCUCCAUCUUCCUCCUCUUCACUGACGAGAACAUCCCCCUCCUCCUCCUCUCAGGAUGCUCGACAACAUACUCCCCUGGGUCUUUUGUUUCCCCGUACCUCGGAGGAGGAAGCAUACCAGGACUAUGUGCACAACCCAACAGAGAACAACAAACCUCCUCUGCACAGCAUCCUGCUCGCUAAUGUUCAGUCUCUGGACAACAAGCUGGAUGGACUGUGACUGUGCAUCACACUGGAGAGUUCUCUUUGUACAGAUGCGACAGAAAUAAAAGGUGUGUGAUGCAGCUACUGCGUUGUGAUAGCCAGGAGUCAUUGCUAAGCGCUGGCUGUGUGUCGUCUCUGGAGCUCAGGAUGGACCAAUCAGUGAUCAUUAAACCUGUUCACUCGUCCCUGCUCGGACAGGACUACUGCUUCGAGGUAACAACCUCGACAGGCACCAAAUGUUUCUCAUGUCGUUCGGCGGCAGAGCGAGAUAAAUGGAUGGAGAACCUACGACGAGCCGUUCAUCCCAACAAAGACAACAGCAGAAGGCUGGAGAACGUUCUGACGCUCUGGGUCAUUGAGGCCAAAGACCUGCCCGCCAAGAAAAGGUACUUCUGCGAGCUGUGUCUGGAUGACAGUCUGUAUGCUCGGACAUCAUGUAAACUGAAGACGGACAACAUCUUCUGGGGUGAACGUUUUGACUUCAGCAAUCUGCCGUCUGUCAGCGCCAUCACCCUCCACCUUUACAAAGACACAGACAGAAAGAGGAAGAAGGAUAAGAGCAGCUAUGUCGGUUUGGUCAACAUCCCUGUUCCCAUGGUGACAAGCAGACAACUAGUGGAGAAGUGGUACUCAGUGAGUACGCCCAGUACAAGUCGAGGUAAGUCGUCAGUGCCCUCAGUGCGAAUCAAAGCUCGUUACCAGAGCAUCGUGAUCUUGCCAAUGGAGCAGUACAAAGAGUUUGCAGAGUACAUCAGCUCCAACUACCUGCUGCUGUGCAACACGCUAGAGGCCGCCAUCAGUCUGAGAGCUAAGGAGGAGCUUGCUGCUGCACUUGUCCACAUCCUGCACAGCACCGGGAAGGCUAAGGACUUCCUCACAGACCUGAUGAUGUCAGAGGUGGAUCGUUGCCGUGACAAUGACCAGCUGAUCUUCAGAGAGAACACCCUGGCGACAAAAAGCAUCGAAGAAUACCUGAAGCUGAUUGGGCAAAAGUACCUGCAGGAUGCCCUCGGUGAGUUCAUCAAAGCUCUCUAUGAGUCAGACGAGAACUGUGAGGUCGACCCGUCUCGCUGCUCGACCUCUGACCUCGCAGAGCAUCAGGCCAACCUGAGGAUGUGCUGCGAGCUCGCCUUCUGUAAGAUCCUCGACUCAUACAGGGUCUUCCCUCGGGAGCUGAAGGAGGUGUUUGCGUCAUGGCGACAGGAGUGUGGUAACCGGGGUCGACCUGACAUCAGCGAGCGUCUCAUCAGCGCCUCGUUGUUCCUGCGCUUCCUUUGUCCCGCUGUGAUGUCACCAUCGCUGUUCGACCUGAUGCAGGAAUACCCUGACGAGCGCACAGCAAGAACUUUAACUCUCAUCGCCAAAGUCAUCCAGAAUCUUGCCAACUUCAGCAAGUUCGGCACUAAGGAGGAGUACAUGCUGUUCAUGAACGAUUUCGUGGAGCGACAGUGGAGCAGCAUGCAGCGUUUCCUGCAGGAGAUCUCAAACCCAGAUGGACUGAACCACAUGGCAGGCUUCGACGGAUACAUCGACCUCGGCAGGGAGCUGUCAAGUCUGCACACCUUGCUUAACGAGCUCGACCAGGCGUCUCUGUCGAAGCUUGGCCCUCUUCCUCGGAUCCUCAGAGAUGUGUCGACGGCGCUGGCUAACCCUGGGGUCGUGGUUAAUCAUGGGGGUGUGUCCUCUCCGGAGCCUCAGCGGGUAGUGUCUCCGCCCUCACUCUCUCCACCCCCUCUGUCUCCACCCCUCUCCCCCCCACUGGCCACCUGUAAUCCCUCCAUCGGCCUGCAGGGAGGCGUCGGACUGGACGGAGGCUUGGUGGAUUUUACCAGACUUCCUUCUCCGACUCCAGAAAACAAAGAUUUGUUUUUUGUCACUAAAGGAUCAAGUCUUCAGCCUACGUCAGGCCUGCAGGGCUCUCCGGCUCCGAGCUCUUCCUACUCAGAGCCCAAUGAGACAGAGGCUGCCUUUGAAAUUAUCAAUGGAGCCAAGAGGGAGGGGCCAGAGCUAACCAAUGAGAGCCGCAGUCGGUCUCUGGUCGACCUGCAGGACUCCUCCCCUAGCGAUGGCCUAGACGACAACCAAUGGCAGCGCAGGACGGGGCUCCUCCCUCUGUCCUUCCAGAACCCAGUGUAUCACAUGACUACCACGUCUCCACGACAACCACAGCAGCAGACAGACGCCACGCCCUCGGAUGGCUCAGUGGGGUCUCAGGGAAACGCAGACGAGAGGAUCACCUUGGCGACAAAACCGGCUUUUCUAACCCAGAUGUCCGUAGGGCUCGGAGGGGGGGAAAGGACUUCAGCCAUGUCGAGUAGCAGCAGUGGAGAAGAAUACUCGAGAAGAGCACUGUCACUGACUGACACGCUGACAGGUGGUCCCACCCCCCCUCGUCAGAACUCAUCAGGCCCUCAGAGACGUAUCGAUCAGCCUCCUCCCCCGAACUCUGCCCCGCCAGGACCACCUCGAGGCAGGACACCUCCCAGCAUGCUCAGUGGCAGCGGGGGCUCCGCCUACCCCCCUCGCCCUGCCUCCGGCAGCAUGAUGUCAUCGAGCCCAGAUUGGCCAAGCAGUGGCCAGACGCGUCUCAGACAGACGUCAUCAUCGUCUAAAGGAGACAGUCCGGAGAAACAACGUCCUGCUGCCAAGGUAAUCAGUCUGUUACUAUAG